AGCAGCUGCAGAGAGAGAGAGAGAGAGAGAGAGAGAGAGACGGGCAGGCUCAUGCUGGAAAAGUCAGGAACGCAACAUUUUCUCCCUCUGUGAUCCGACACGUUUUAACUCCAACCUUAUUCUUUUUUCUUCUUUUUUUUUUUCCUCUGCACAUUGCAUGUAAUUUGUCUCGCUCGCUUUGGGGCUGCGUUUCUCAUCCCGACGGCCUGAAAUGACUGGAUAGGUACCGCGUCUAGCCAAUGCUUGCUGCAGGGGCUCCUGUCUUGUGGAUUAUCCGUCGUCGUCGUCGCCGAGCCAGUCGCACGGUCGAGCCCGGAGGAGGCCCCGCUCUGCUGGAUGGAUGUGCGUGAGGCGGCGCGGGGAUAACGAUGCUGCUGCUCGGCUUUCAUCGGCACUGGGUCAACUGAUCUUGGAUGUCCGGGCUACAUCGCCCCCCAUACACGAACCAUUUUCUCCCGCAGCAACACUUUAAUUCCUUAAAAACUGGACGCCCCUGGAACAGUUUAUGACGAGCCUGGUAGGAGCGUGAUGAGCGCGCGCUUCCGCUUGCCUCCUGGCAGAUCCUACAAUGUCCGGGCGACGGAGCUGGAGCGAGACAGGCAGCACACACAGGUUGUGUGCAACGUGCUGCUGCUGGACAACACUGUGCAGGCGUUCAAAGUCAACAAGUCCGAUCACGGCCAGGUGCUGCUGGACGCCGUGUUUAAGCACCUGGAGCUGACCGAGAGAGACUACUUUGGCCUGCACCUGGCUGACGAUGGCUCAGACGCCCCGCGCUGGCUGGAUCCCAAUAAGCCCAUCAGGAAACAGUUAAAAAGAGGAUCUCCACAUAACUUGAGCUUCAGAGUCAAAUUCUUUGUGACUGAUCCGGGUAAACUUCAGGAAGAAUACACACGGUACCAGUAUUUUCUUCAGAUCAAACAGGAUAUAUUAACUGGAAGAUUGCCCUGUCCUCACAACACGGCAGCACUGCUGGCAUCCUAUGCUGUUCAGUCCGAGUUGGGGGACUACAAUGAAGCUGAGCAUUCUCCCGGCUACCUGUCCGAGUUCUGCUUCAUCCCAAACCCGCCGCAGGACUUCCACAAAGAGGUCUCCAAACAUCACCAGCAGCACAGCGGUCUAUCUCCUGCCCAGUCGGAGUUUAAUUAUCUGAACACAGCGCGCUCGCUGGAGCUCUACGGGGUGGAGCUGCACUAUGCAAGGGACCAGGGCAACACAGAGAUUCUCAUUGGGGUGAUGUCCGCUGGCAUUGUGGUUUACAAGAACAGGGUACGGAUCAACUACUUCCCAUGGUUGAAAAUAGUGAAAAUCUCCUUCAAGUGCAAACAGUUUUUCAUCCAGCUGAGAAGAGAGGCGACGGAGACUCGGGAGACGCUGCUGGGCUUCAACAUGGUCAACUACCGGGCCUGUAAGAACCUGUGGAAGGCCUGCGUGGAGCACCACACCUUUUUCAGGCUGGACCGGCCCAUCCCACCGCAGAAAAACUUCUUUGCUCACUACUUCAGCCUGGGCUCAAAGUUCAGAUACUGUGGGCGGACAGAGGUGCAAUCUGUGCAGUAUGGAAAGGAGAAAGGCAUCAAGGACCGAGUCUUUGCCAGCAGGUCUCCCAGCAAGCCAUUGGCCAGGAAGUUAGUGGGCGGGACCGACUGGGAGUCGGUCAGCAGGAACAGCCUAUCAGACGAGAGACUGGAAACCCAAAGCCUGCCCACACGCUCACCGCCGGGAACGCCGAACCAGAACUCGCUGUUUGUACAAGACGGCACACGGCUACGCCCGUCGUCGGUUGGCCACCUGGUUGAUCAUGUGAUCCACGCUUCGCCCAGCCUGCCCGUCUUCUCCUCCAAUCACAAGUCGGCGUCGUCCACGCAGGCCAACAGCAUCAGCCUGGACUCGACACCGUCUCCUGACGGGGUAGACGGCCAACCUCCAGCUCUGCCCCCGAAGCAGCUGAGCAGGAAAACGCUGAGCCAGAUCAUCCAGGCCCACUCGCAGCAGAGCCUCCUGGACAACCACCUCAACGAGAUGUACGACGUUCCUGUCAACGCCGACAAGACCACGCUUAACGGGGUCGUCCCGCACGAUAAUCUGGUCCUGAUCAAAAUGAGGCCUGACGAACACGGACGUUUUGGCUUCAACGUUAAGGGUGGGGCUGACCAGAAGAUGCCUAUCAUUGUGUCUAGAGUGGCUCCGGGAACCUCGGCCGACCUCUGCGUGCCUCGCCUUAACGAAGGGGACCAGGUGGUCCUAAUAAACGGGCGGGACAUCUCUGAGCACACCCAUGACCAGGUGGUGAUGUUCAUCAAAGCCAGCUGUGAAAGCCAUUCAGGGGAGCUCAUCCUAUUGGUCAGGCCCAACGCCAUCUACGAUGUGGUGGAAGAGAAGGUGGACCCGGAGCCGGAGUUUCAGUACAUCCCAGAGAAAUCUCCACAGGACCCCACCCAGCUCGACCAGCACGCCCUGAGGGACUCCAUGAUGGCUCUGAAAGAAGGCUUGAGUAGCGGAGCCAUACUGGCUCAGUUUGAUCAACUGUACAGGAAGAGGCCGGGGAUGACCAUGCUGUGUGCCAAAUUACCUCAGAACGUUUCCAAAAACCGCUACAGAGACAUAUCCCCAUAUGAUGCCACACGGGUCGUACUGAAAAGCACAGACGACUACAUCAAUGCAAAUUACAUCAACAUGGAGAUUCCUGCGUCCAGCCUGAUAAACCGCUACAUCGCGUGCCAGGGCCCACUGCCCAACACCUGCCCCGACUUCUGGAGAAUGAGCUGGGAGCAGGGCUCGUCCAUGGUGGUCAUGCUGACCACGCAGGUGGAGAGAGGGCGGGUCAAGUGUCACCAGUACUGGCCCAACCCGGACAGCAGCGCCACCUACGGGGACUUUAAGGUGUCGUGCCACAACGAAGAGGGCAACUCCGCCUUCCUGGUGCGGGAGAUGACGCUCACUCACACACAGAGCGACCAGCAGAGAGAGCUCACUCAGCUUCAGUACCUGGCCUGGCCGGACCACGGCGUUCCCGACGACUCCACAGACUUCCUGGACUUUGUGGCUCUGGUGCGAAGCAAACGGGCCGGACAGGAUCAGCCGAUGGUGGUGCACUGCAGCGCCGGCAUUGGUCGAACAGGGGUCCUGAUCACCAUGGAGACUGCAUUGUGUCUGAUGGAGUGCGGCCAGCCUGUGUAUCCUCUGGAUAUCGUCAGAACCAUGAGAGAUCAGAGAGCCAUGAUGAUACAGACACCCAGCCAGUACCGCUUUGUGUGCGAGGCCAUCUUGAAAGUGUACGAGGAAGGUCUGUUCAAGCCCCAAACACUGGCCCUCUACCAGCAGAAGGAGAAGCCAAGGGAGGAAAAACUUGGGGAGGAGGAGGAGAAGAAGAAAGAGGACAGAGUGGAGGCUGAGAACGCGGAUGACGAAGAGGAGGCAGGCGUGGUGGAGCUGCUGGAGGGAGGCCUGGAUGAAGAGGACGAGGAUGACGACGACGACGAGGAAGUGGAGGUUUUGGACGUGGGGGAAGUGACGGAGGAGGAGGAAGAGGAGCCGAGCGUGGCGAGCUGCACCAGCGUGACGAGCGAGACCAGCGCGAAUCCCGAGCCGGAGCCGGAUCCCGUUCCUGCCGACGCCUGAGGUCACUGGGAGGAGGAGAAAACAGAAGCACUGUUGCACUUUACGCUGACAAAAACGGAUAAAAGGACAAACAAACACGAAAAUUAUGAACAAAGACAAUAACAAACAAACAAACAAACAAAAAAAUCCAGCUGUGUUGAAUAGGUACAGUGACGGGGUGUUUUAUAAUCAGGGUUAGAAAACAAGUGUACAAAGACUAAAACAGUACGAAAAAAAUCAAUUCUGGAUUGGGAAAUCGCUGUAGUGCCAUAAAUCUGAAGGGGAGGGGCUGCCCCCCCCCCCCCGCCCCCCCCACACUCCUUCAUUUCUUUCUUUUUACCCAAAGGGUCGCCCUAUCCCCUCCUAAGCGAGUCUGCCAGACGGACCUGCCUUUUAGCCGACGGAGAGAAAUCUUAUCUUUUGUUGCUCAGAGUAUUUAUCGUGUUUCAGUUCAAACCGUGUCCACCGAACAAAAGCAAAAGCUCCACGUUCUGUUUGUUUGUACCAGUCUAGAGCUUCAUGCUUUCCAGAUUAAAUCUUAACUAGUGAAAUAGUGUUCCCCUGCUCUGUUUUUGUUUUAUUGUUUGGCUUUUCGUGGCGGGGGGAGGCGGAGGUGGUGAUCUAAUUUAUUGUAUGUGGUUUGAUCUUUCUCCGCUUUCUUGUCUACGUUUUUUGACAGCAUAGACUCACAGGUGGACGGCUGAAAGCACUUUCUCUCCUCUUUUACUCGACGGCGUGGCAAGCUCGGUACUUUCUAAUGCCCUGUGCUGUUUUUAUUCUUAGCUUUGACGCGCGCACACACACACACAAAUAUUCAUAGUUUGCAAUCCUCAGGGCCUUUGUUUACUGGAGAUCAAUAUUUGCAAAUAUCCCCAGCAGUAUUUAGUCCUCUAAUUGGAGUUAACGGGCUUAGACAGGAAAAAAAAAAGUGAUUACUCAGCUAGAAUCUCAAACUCAACAACAAUCACUUCACUUUUUUUUUUUCUUUUUUUUUUUUGUUCCGUUCAGUGUUCCUGCUGAAGUGUCCUUGAGCCAGACACCAACAUUAAAGCCCUGUUUCAUUCCAGAAGACAUCUUCAGUCUGACCAGGAUGAGUUUGCAACGCAGAUAUUUCAUGCUUUUUUUUUUUUCUUUUUUUUUUUUUUAGAGGUGGUGAAAAGCUGCUACAAUGUUUAUGCAAUCAGUAUUUUUCUUUCUUUCUUUCUGUGGUGCUUCGUUACAGUGAGCCGAUCUCAGCCGCUUAAAAGCUCCUGAUCUGAGAAUGUCUUCACGCACAGGGUGGGUCAAGACUUCUGUAGGUUUUUUUUUUUUUUUUUUUUUUUUUAUCUGAGCUUAGUGGACAGAAAAUAAUCCAGAGGCAGCACAAGAAUAACGUACGAUCGUCGUUUCCAUCUGAUCUUCUCCAGCGUCCCUAUCAUUUCACAGCAGCUGUUAAAUCAAUGACGAUAAAAGAGAAGAACGGAUUGUUUUUACCUCACUAGGGUUUUUUUUUGUUGUUGUUGUGGGUUUGGUACAGUUAAUUAAACUUUAUUUUUGUUAAUUCGUUGGCUUCUUCCCAUCCUGGUCAUGGAUUCGUCUAGAACGGCCUGCAGCUCUGAGUUUUGGGAUACGUGUGGACCACGUCUCUGCUUCCUGUUGAUCUGCCUCCUUCCUUACAAUUAUUCACAAAAGAGGAAAUCUUUUUUUUUUUUUUACGAUUUUUGUCGCCUUACGGCCCCAAACUUCAGGAUUUUAUAUCAGCACAACCCUAAUGCAUAACUGUGAAGUUGAAGGAAAAGGAUGCAUGGUUUUUAACUUAUUAUUUUUUUUUAUCUUGCACUUAUAAAGCUCUAUAGACUAAACCGUGUGUCCAUUCGUCUUUUUUAAAUCAGCCGCAGCUCAGUCAGAAGGGAUGAAGCCUUUGCGCUGAUUCUUAAUUGGAUUUAGGUCUGGACUUUGACUAGGCCAUUCUAGCACACAAAUGUGCUUUGAAGUAGAUUGAAGAGUGGCCAUAUGUUGUUUUAUUGGGAGUUGAACCUCUGCUUCUGUCUGCCUUGCCUGGUUUUCAGCGCUCCGCCAUCUUUUUCCUAUCAGGAUGUUGCGUUUUCUCCACAUGUAGCAGUGACUUUCUUUUGGCCUGCAGCUUUUUUUUUUUUUUGCUUUUUUUUUUUUUUACAAACCUCUGAGGUCUGAAUAAAAACAGAAUAGCUUUAUUUUUAAUGAGCUCAUCGAUGUACACACAUGUAGAGUCUUCACAAUCUUCCAACAGCAUAAUGCUUCCACCACCAUUUAUUUUACUUUUUUUUUUUACCCACUGAAAGAACAAAACAUCUGAGCAAUUCACAGAACAGCUGCAUUUAUACUGAAAUUAGAUUACAGGUGAAUUAUUCCCUGAUUUUAUUUUUGAAUAGUUCUGAUUAAAGAAGGUUGAAUGCGUAUGUUGGCAACACACUUUGGAAACCAUGCUUCGUUUUACUUCUACGUCACCAUUAUGCACCACUUUGUAUUGGCUUAUUGUAGGAAGCAUCAAAUAAAUAGAAAUUGGGAGGUUGUCAGCUUAUUAUUAAAGGGACAAAGUUUAAGGGGUGUGAAUAUACCGCGCCUCCUCCUCGCCCUUUCCUCCUCCUCGUCCGUCGUUUCUGUCGCGUUGUUACGCAAGAUCGAAAAAAAUUCAUCCAAAUAAAUCUGAGAGUCCUGCUCGAGAAACUAUGAAACUUCCUUUUCAGAGAGCUGAAUCACAAUUCUGUGGAUGAACAACAAGCGGCCGUCCUCUUCCAUCUUUUAUUUAUUGUUUAAGCUUUCCUCUGCUGUGUCGCUCUCCCAGCAUCCUUCAGUCAUCUCCGCGUUGCCCACACAGCAUCCAUUCUCCUCGUUUCUUCCACCCUGAUGCCUCUCUGUUUCGCUUCAUUGUAGGCAGAUCCCACUCUCUCUGCAUGGCCUCCAGGCAAAUGACACAUCUGAGCGGAGUACGCUGGGUCCAGAAGCACAGCUCAGUUUUAAACCAGCUAAUCAAUGACUCGCUGAAGAACUGGUUUUUUACUGUUUUUGUUUGGCGCGCACACGCACGCGGGAGCUUAAAGCCGCGAAUCAGCUCCGAAAGAAAAACCGAACAAAGGCGGGAAAUCUCUAGAAUAAGACGGAAACCGCAAGUUUAUGAUUUAAGUAGGGGUCGGAAAUUCUGGUUGAUCAAAAGUGUGGAGGUGACGAGAUGUGGGGGAGGGUUUAAGUUUGGUGUAUUUUUGUAAAAACAAAAAAAAAAAGAAACUAAUAUCGGUUUUAAUUGGUUUGGAGAAGGGGGACAGCACUUUGUAGAGAGGCUGGGCCGGCAGGUAGUGCUACUGAAAAUAAAAAGCAAAUCUAAGAGACGUAAAGCAUUGUUUAAAUAAGUACUUUUAUUCUUAAUUUAUCUUUUUUUUUUUUUGUUUUUUUUUUUGAAAAAGAGACAUGUAAAGAACAAAGAAGAGAACUCCUAAUGACACAGUGCCACUUGUUCAUUUUCUGUAAAUAUUACUAGACCAUGUAAAUACAAUGUUGUAUAUGAAAAAAAAACUUUAAAAUAAAAGGGAAAAUCAUU